UCAGUGAAUUUCUUAAUUCAGAUUCCAGUUCACGUGAAGCAAAUGCAAUGAAGAAACAGAACAGGCAAUUGAAGAAGAAGAAAGAAGUUAGCAGAACAAACAAAUCUGCAGAUGGAAUGCAUGGUGAAACCAUCAACGAUGAAUUUAUUGUAGAAAACAAAACCAGUAAAUCCACUGAAAAGAAAAGAAAAGACAGGAAAUUGAAGAAUAAGAAGAAAGGAGAUAGCAGAACAAACGAAUCUGCAGGCGGGACAGAUGGUGAAACCAUCGUUGAUGAAAUUAUUGGGGAGAUUGAAAUGGAUGUAGAAAACAAAACAAGUAAAUCCAAUGAAAAGAAACGAAAGGGCAAGAAGUUAAAAGGAGACCGAGUAACUAAAAGAUCCAGAGAAGAUGGUUCUGAUGGUGAUGAGAAUGGGAAAACAAAGAAACCACAUAACAAGUGCCUCCCACCAAGGGAAGAUGAAGAUAAAAAAGUAGUUGAGGAGGAGGAUGUCUAUCAAAUAUCUUCAGGCGAUGAGGACAACUCUAAAGGAAUGAAAAAAUGGAUUUCUGAAUAUCACCAAAGUAGACCAGGGUUGGAAGAAUUGCAACAAAAGAUUGAUGAUUUCAUUACCAUUCAUGAGGAGCAAGAGGAGAAGGCAAAAAUAGAGAGGGAAGCCCAAGCUGAAGAAGGUGGAUGGACAGUUGUUGUACAUCAUAAGGGUCGGAAAAAAACUACAGAGUCUGAUACUGGUGUCACCGUUGGUUCUGUGGCUGAGGCGGUUGUCAUUGAUAACAUGACCAAGAAGAAAAAGAAGGAAGUAGAGCUGGAUUUCUACCGCUUCCAGAGAAGGGAAGCCAACAGAAAUGAGAUUUUGUCACUUCAAAGCAAAUUCGAGCAAGACAAGAAGCAGAUACAACAGCGGAGGGCAGAAAGGAAGUUCCGUCCCUACUGAUUACGUUAAGAAGCAGCAAUGGACACAGAAAAAGCCUCCGGACCAAAUUGAGGCUAAUCAUGCUUCGAGAUGUAUCUUGUGUUUUGUUCUAAAUAUUACAUUUUUGCUACCUUAAUCUCUUUCGGCUAUUAUUGAUACAACUUUUGAGAAUUUUAUUUGAAUUCAAACACUUCCAAUACAUCAGUCUUUUUCUUUACUAAAGUUAUUAUCUUUC